AUGUCUAAGCCUAUCAAGACCACGUCGGCCAAGAUCGACGGUGCGCCAACUCCGCAUAAUACUCCGUCAAGCGUUUUGGCCAGCUCUUUUUUGAAGAAUGGCAACCCUACUCGUGCAGUUCCACAAACAAUUCAUGAAGAGGAUAUCACUUCCGCUCUAGCCAAGAAUCCGCAGCUUUUGGCCUCCAUCCAGGAUAAACUCGGAAACCUGGUGGGCCAAGACAGCGGCUACAUCUCAUCUCUCCCACUCGCGGUUAGAGAGCGUAUCUACGCUUUGAAAAAGCUGCAACAAGACUUGUUUGAAUUGGAAAAGGACUUCCAACUGGAAAUGUUUGCACUGGAAGAAAAGUACUUGCAGAAAUAUGCCCCCGUUCACAAACGGCGCCAUGAAAUAGUCACAGGAAAACAAGAGCCAACCGCCAGAGAAAUCGAAAUCGGGAAACAAGUUGAGGACGAUUUGGAUACUUUGACUGAAGAACCGGAGGAAGAGCAAGAGGGGGAUGAGGAAGAAAAAAUCACCGGCAUUCCCUCUUUCUGGCUAACCGCCUUCGAAAACCUUCCAAUGGUCUCCCAGACUGUCACUAGCGUCGAUGCUGAGGUGCUGGAGUUUUUGACCGACGUCAGACUCGAGUAUCUAACAGAAGGCAAACCGGGCUUCAAACUUACUUUCUAUUUUGACACUGAAAACCCGUUUUUCAGCAAUGCACAACUGAGCAAAACUUACUACUACCAGUCGGAACUGGGAUACUCUGGUGACUUUAUCUACGACCAUGCCGAAGGCUGUGACAUCCAAUGGGCGGACAACGAGUCCAACGUCACCGUGUCGGUGGAAAAACGCAAACAGCGCAAUAAGACCACGAAGCAAGUGCGCACCAUCGAGAAGAUCACCCCCGUGGAAUCCUUUUUCAACUUCUUCGACCCUCCAAAACUGCCCACCAAGGGUGGCAAGUCGCUGCCAGGUGCUUCCGAUAAUGAAGCUGACGACGACGACGACGACGACGAAGAAGAAGAAGAAGACCCAGAAGAGGUGGCCGAACUCGAGUCCCGUCUGGCACUAGACUACGCAAUCGGCGAGGAAUUCAAGGACAAGCUUGUCCCUCGUGCCGUGGACUGGUUCACAGGCGCUGCCAUUGAAUUUGAAUAUGACGCAGACCAGAUCGACGAUGAAGAGGACGACGAAGAUGACGAGUUCGACUCUGAAGAAGAGGACGACGAUGACGACCAGGAAGGAGACGACGGCGAAGACUCGGGCGAUGAAAGCGAACCCAACGAUUUCAAGCAGCCCGGUAACAAUGCCAAGGAGCAGCCUCCAGAGUGCAAACAGGCUUAA